AAAUAAUCUCACCCCUACUAAUCUGUAGAAAAUAGGAAGCCCCGAUCUCUCUCUCUCUAUUAUCAUUUUGCCUCUCUACAGCAAUUAGGGUUCCUGAGCCACCUUUGAUUUUACAAGAACAACAGUACAAGAGGAUCGUGCAAAUCUUGCAAUGGCAACGGCUUUAUUGAGACGUGAAGGAAGGCGUUUCGCCACUCUUAUGGCUCCUAAUCCUAUGAAUACUCUCCGAUCGUCUCUCAUCGCUUCAUCUGAGGAUCAGACUGCUUUUGGUGUUCGUUCAAUCUCAACUCAAAUUGUGAGAACCCGCAUGAAGAGUGUGAAGAACAUCCAGAAAAUCACAAAGGCAAUGAAGAUGGUUGCUGCUUCUAAGCUGCGAGCUAUUCAAGUUAGGGCUGAGAAUUCUCGUGGCCUGUGGCAGCCAUUUACUGCACUUCUUGGCGACAUUCCAAGUAUUGAUGUCAAGAGAAACAUCAUCGUCACUGUUUCUUCAGACAAAGGUCUUUGUGGUGGUAUUAACUCAACAUCAGUCAAGAUAAGCAGAGCUGUUGCCAAGUUGAACCAAGGUCCUGAAAAAGAAACUAAAUUUGUAAUCUUGGGAGAGAAGGGAAAAGCUCAACUUGUUCGGGACUCUAAGAAGAAAAUCGAACUAUCUGCAACCGAGCUUCAGAAAUUUCCUCUGAAUUACACUCAGGUGUCUGUUCUUGCAGAUGACAUCUUAAAGAACGUGGAGUUUGAUGCGCUGAGAAUUGUAUUUAACAAAUUCCAGUCGGUUGUGUCCUUCUUACCUACAGUUGCAACUGUACUAUCUCCAGAGAUUAUCGAAAAGGAAGCUGAAGCAGGUGGAAAGCUUAGUGAGCUAGACUUUUAUGAAAUUGAAGGUGGCGAGACCAAAUCUGAAAUACUUCAGAAUCUGUCUGAGUUUCAGUUCUCCUGUCUUUUGUUCAAUGCGGUUUUGGAGAAUGCUUGUAGUGAACAAGGUGCAAGAAUGUCUGCUAUGGACAGUUCCAGCAAAAAUGCUGGAGAGAUGCUUGAUCGUCUCACAAUUACUUACAACAGAACCCGUCAAGCAGCUAUCACCACAGAGCUUAGCGAGAUUAUUUCUGGAGCAGCAGCACUCGAAAAGUAGUUUACUCUUGUUGGGAUAAACAAUAAUAACUGCUGUUGAGAAAGCACAAAUUGUGUGCUUUUACUACUCCACUUUUUUCAUUUGGUUUUGGGAGUGGAUUUUUUAAUUAUGUAUUUGAAACUCAUCUGUAAUAAUCUACAUGAUUGUUCAACCCUUUUCCUUUUGCUGCUCGAAAUAUAAUCUACAUUGUUUCUGGGCAAAGAUAAGUGAAUAAUUCUUGCUCAUAUUAUAACAUUGUUACAAUUUAUUUUUAAAAUCAGAGUUUUGUU